AUGAAAUAUCCUCACGGCAUGAUUAUCAGUUUCUUCAAUGUUUCCUAUAAAGUGAAAAUAAAACACGGUUACUUUUAUCGACGUACCAAAUCCACUAAGGAGGUCUUAAUUGGUGUCAGUGGGAUCAUGAAGCCUGGCCUGAAUGCCAUCAUGGGCCCCCUGGGCAGUGGGAAAACCACGUUAUUGGACAUUCUGGCUGCAAGGAAAGAGCCCUCAGGGUUUAGUGGGGAGGUCCUCGUUGAUGGUGUCCAGCAACCAACAAACUUCAACUGCAUCGCUGGAUAUGUCAUAUAUGAUUACAUGAUGACUGGGACUCUGACUGUGAGAGAGAACUUGGAAUUCUGUGCUGCACUGAGGCUGCCUAAGAAUCUCACCAAAUCCGAAAGAACAAAACGAAUCGAUAAACUUAUUGAAGAGCUGGGACUCAGUAAAAUAGAGAACUCUAGGAUUGGAACAUUGUUGACUCGUGGUGUCUCUGAUGGAGAGAAAAGGAAAGCCAGUAUUGCGAUGGAGCUGCUAAAGGAUCCUGGAGUUCUGUUCCUGGAUGAACCGACAAGUGGUUUGGAUACUAGCAACGCAAAUGCUGUUCUGCAGUUACUGAGAAGGUUAGCACGGCAAGGGAAAACUAUUAUCUUCUCAGUCCACCAGCCUCGCUAUUCAAUGUUUAAACAAUUCGACUCUCUGACACUGCUGACCAAUGGCAAAGUCAUGUACCAUGGGCCUGCUCGGAACUCCAUUGAUCACUUUAAAGCAAUGGGAUACAAGUUUCAUGUGCAUAGUAACCCUGUUGAUGUUGUGCUUGAUAUCUUGUGCAAAGCUGCAGCAAAUCAAAUGGAGAAUGGUUUUGGACCCACUGACCAGCCGGGAGACUCCACGAUCUGUGAGACAUUGCUGCGUUGGUAUCAUGCAUCGACACAUUUCAAUCAGCUGAUGACACUAUUAGUGAAACUCUCUGAUUAUAGCCGGCUGCGCCAGAUCUUACAUUCCCCAAAUCACAUCACCCAGACAACAUCGUUCUCCCACCAACUGAAAUGGCUGGGCAGGCGGAUUUUCAGAAAGUACCUGGGGGAUCCACGUGUGCCAAUUUUAACGGUAACAAUUGGAGUGUUACUGUGUCUGGUUUUGGGAUGUGCCUUUUACCGAAUGAAGACCAAUCGUGUCGGUCUGCACAACCGAUCUGGGCUCUUGUUUUUUAUUGUUAAUUGCCAGAUGUACAGCAGUAUCUCCAGCAUUGAACUUCUGGUCACAGAAAAGAAGACUUUAAUCCAUGAAUAUAUCAGUGGGUACUACUCGUUGCCAGCAUACUUCAUCUCCAAGUUAGCAUUUGAAGUGAUCCCUCUGAGGACAAUGUCGAGCAUUAUCUAUAACAGCACUACCUACUUCCUCACAGGUCUGAAACGGACAGUUCCUGCGAUUUUUAUAUCAAUACUCACCUUGGUCAUGGUCUCAUACACCUCUUCAGCUUUAGCCCUGGCAAUUGCAGCUGGUGGGAAUUCUGUAACGAUUGCGAUCAUCAUGCUAUCGCUCACUUUCGUCAUGAUGACUAUCUAUUCUGGAUUAUUGGUGCAUCUGCCAGGGAUGGUGAAGUGGCUGAGCUGGUUACAAUACCUCAGCAUCACUCGCUACGGAAUCACUGCUCUCAUGGUGAACGAAUUUGUGGACUUGACCUUUUCAUAUAAUGUGUCGGAUAUGGGGAAAGGCUGUCAUUGUCCAAAUCCAACCCCGGUUGAGAUCUCAUGCACAGGAACUCAGCACCUUCAGGACAUGGGGAUUGGCACAGCCUCAUGGGAUCUGUGGCAGAACCAUGUGGGAUUAAGUGUGCUGUUCACCACCUUCCUCUGCAUUGCAUAUUUGAAACUCUUCUGCAUGAAGAAAUUCUCAUGA